AUGAAGUCAUCUCGGGCAACCAGUUCCCUCCACUCCCAACUUCGGCCUUCUGCGCGAGUCGGGAUUGCCAAUCCAACCAUUUCGAGUGCUGCUGCGCUACGAAACUCGACAAGACGACUCCGUGUUCCAGCAUCUUCCACGACUACAAGGAUGGCGACAUUUGCCUCGUUCAAGAUCCCUAAGAUUGUCAAUGAGCCAAAUCAUCAUUAUGCGAAAGGAUCUGCACAGAGGGAAGAUCUAACGGCCGCCGUCGAGACCUUCCAGAGCAGGAUCCCGCUCGAUGUACCGAUUGUUAUCGGCGGCAAGGAGGUCAAGACAUCGUCCACCGGAAAGCAAGUCAACCCAGCCGAUCAUGCCUCGACUGUGGCAACUUAUUCAAAGGCUUCCCCCGCCGACGUAUCGAAAGCCAUUGAUGCCGCCCUCGCGGCCAAGGCCGAAUGGGAGUCACUCCCGUUCGCCGACCGGGCAGCCGUCUUCCUCAAAGCGGCUGAACUAAUCUCAACAAAAUACCGCUACGAGAUCAUGGCAGCCACCAUGGUGGGCCAGGGGAAGAACGCGUGGCAGGCCGAGAUUGAUUCGGCCGCCGAGCUGGUCGACUUUUUGCGAUUCAACGUCCAGUAUGCCGAAGAGCUUUACGCCCAGCAACCUGCACACAACGCCCAGGGCGUGUGGAAUCGAGUCGAGUACCGCGCCCUCGAGGGCUUCGUAUACGCCGUCAGCCCCUUCAACUUCACGGCUAUCGCUGGGAACCUGCCCGGCGUUCCGGCGUUGUUGGGCAACGUGGUGGUGUGGAAGCCGAGCGACUACGCCAUCGCUUCGAACUGGCUCCUAUAUAACAUACUACUGGAGGCGGGCCUCCCUCGCAAUGUCAUCCAGUUCGUGCCAGGCGAUCCGGAGGAGGUUACCAAGGUGGUGCUCAACCACAAGGAGUUUGCGGCGUUGCACUAUACCGGCAGCACGGCCGUGUUCCGGAAGCUGUACGGAGCCAUCGGUGCUGGUGUGGCUGAAGGUCGGUACCGGUCGUACCCGCGCAUCGUGGGAGAGACGGGCGGGAAGAACUACCACCUGAUCCACUCGUCGGCAGAUGUGGACAACGCAGCUAUACAGACCGUACGUGGCGCCUUCGAGUUCCAGGGCCAGAAGUGCAGCGCGACAUCGCGGGCCUACGUGCCCAAGUCGGUAUGGCCGCAGUUCAAGGAAAAGCUCGUCUCGGAGACCGAGAAGCUCCGGCAGGGUAACCCAGUCGACCACAUCAACUUCAUGGGUCCUGUAAUCCACGAAGCAUCGUUCAAGAAGCUUUCUGGUGUCAUCGACGAGGCGAAGAAAGACCCGGAGCUGGAGCUCUUGGUAGGGGGUACAUACGAUAACUCCAAGGGUUACUUCAUCCACCCCACCAUCUACCAGACAAGCAACAAGAACCACAAGCUCUUGAGCACCGAGCUCUUUGGGCCGGUCGUGACGGUCUACGUGUACGACGACACGGUGGACCCCGUGGGGGCGUUCGCGGAGGCGUGCGAACUGGUGGAUUCGACGGGGGAGUACGGGCUGACGGGGUCGGUAUUCGCUUCGGACCGGGCGGCGAUACGGUUCGCCGAGGACAAACUGCGGAACUCGGCGGGCAACUUCUACAUCAACUGCAAGAGCACCGGGGCCGUGGUCGGGCAACAGCCGUUCGGCGGUGGCCGGGCGAGCGGGACCAACGACAAGGCGGGUAGUCAGAACUUGUUGUCCCGGUUCGUCAACCUGCGGAGCAUAAAGGAGGAGUUCGUAGCAACGACCAAGGUGGAGUACCCGAGCAACGAGGCGUAG